AUGGCUUCGCUCGCCGGCCAGACGAGCUCGACGCCUGAAAUGGCCCCUUCAACGAGUGCACUGCCAUCACCCGAAGAUGACGAGGCAGAAUACCUCGCCCAGGUCCUGUGCACUCCGUCGUCGCAAAGGUCAGAAGCCGCUAUCGAGGAGGAGUUGGUCGCAAGAGCAAAUGCACUGGGUAUCUCCAUGUCGAGAUUGUCACCCGAGAAGCGCAACACCUCGAGCGCCGAAUCCCAGACUUCCACCAUCGCGACACAGCAUGUCCGUUCCUUCUCGACCGCCUCGCGCGAUUCCGCCAGUACCACCCUCACCUCUCAUCCGUCUCUGCACGCAAUACCCAUCGCCGCCGAUGCACCUCCGCAUUCUCUCGCCAGGAAACGUUCUAAGAGUCUUGGUUUCUCGCAAUACGACAGAUAUUUGUCGCAGAUAGAUCCCAACAUACACCAGCCCAAAAUUCAAAAGGCAUCCCCCUCCCUCGUCCACGACACGUCGACGCACAGCUUGUUCAGUGUGACAUCCCGGAGGAGCUAUUUCAGCGUUAAAGAGGGCAUCCGGAAGAUACGACGCAGGAGGAAGUCCGGGAUACUGGAGUCGACCAUUUCUUGCAUAUGCUGCCGUGACGAUUUCAACAGGACGAGCGUCCUGCAUAGCCUGCCUUGUGGCCACACGUACUGCGCCGAAUGUCUCGGCAUAGUGAUUCAGCAGUCGACGACUGACGAAUCCAAGAUGCCGCCGCGAUGCUGCACGCAGCCGAUCCCGGGCUCCAUUAUUCAGAAGGUCCUCGAUCGGGAGGAGCAGCACGUUUUUUUAAAGGCAGUUUUGCAAUUCAGCACGCCUUGGGAAGCUAGGAUCUUUUGCCCAAACACAGCCUGCGGUGAAUUUAUCCCCCCUCGCAACCGAAUCGACCCCAAGCACCCUUUCGACGUGGUGUGUCGCAAAUGCCGGGCACGAGUCUGCGUGAUGUGCAAACGCAAUGCCCAUCCCGUUGGCAAGGAUUGUCCGUCCGAUUGGGAAUUGGAAGCCGUGCUAAAGAUGGGCGAGAAAUCGGGCUGGCGAAGGUGCUACAAAUGCCGGACAUUGGUUGAGUUGAGCCAAGGCUGCACACACAUGACCUGCAGAUGCAAGGCCCAAUUUUGCUACAUCUGCGGAGCCAUCUGGGACCCAUCCGUGGGCUGUCCCAACUUCUGCAACGGCGACGAAGAAUUGGAAAGAAGGAGGGUGGAAGAAGAGGCUAGGAACGCCGAAAUUGAGGCAGAAAAGGCUGCUCAAGAAGCUGCCGCCGCUGCCGAAGCCGCCGAAAAGACCGAGGCCGAAGGUCGUACCCGAGCCAGCCCGCAGUUUGCCAGGUUGCAGGGCGAAAUGUGCGAAGAGCUGGACCGAUUCCGCACGUAUACGAGGAAGAUGAAAUGGGUCAUGUGGACACGGCAAGCCGAGAGAAAGCAGGCACUUGCCGAUAGAUAUUCGGACCAAAUCGAUAAGAUGAAGGAACGCCACGCGAAGACAGCCGCCCACCUGGAGGAGCGUCAGAUCGAAGCCGAGAUGGAUCUGAGGUCAACCCUUGACCAAAGCGAGAAGAGCGUCAAGAUUCGACUGAAGCACAUGGAGGCCUACUGUGACGGGCUCGGUCGCACGUCGAAUUCCGACCUGCCACCCAGGGUCGUGACGGAGAGGGACCUUCGCCUGCUGGGGCAACAGUACAACGUGCGAGACGGCAUGGAGCGUUUGCACCAGGCGAAAAUCAACGUCUUGCGAGACCGGCAGACCAAACGCAUGGAAGAACUUUUGGAACGGCAGGAGCACGAGCUUGAGAGACUGACCGACAGGAAGGAACAGGACAUAGAGAACCUGGCAACGGAUUUUGCACAGGAAGAAGAUACCCUGGUCAAGAUUAUCAAUGACCGCAAACAGAGGCUGCAACGACGUUGGCUGAUGGCGAUCGAAAUCCUACGGAAGGAGCUCGAGAACCAAACCGGAGAUAAAUACGCGUCUCCCGCACUGCCAGCGUGGCCCGAUGACAACGAGACGCAGGACGAGAUCCUGGCAUCACUGCCCAACUCUCCUGCAAGCGAGGACUAA